AUGGAGCUCGGCAACGUGCAGCUGCUGGUGGAGAAGGAGGUGAGGAGGAUCCGAGAUCGUGCUUCACUCGCGCGUUGGGUUUUCCUCAGCGCGGGGCGCCCACGCGCGGACCUGGCCCGCCUCCGCGUGGACGGGCGCGGGCGGCGAGACAGGCGGUCCGGCCUCUUCGUCGUGAUCUUGCGGGUGCAGGCCUUGGUGCGUCGGGCAUUUCCUGUGGAGGUGAAGCUGUCUGACCUGAUCAAGAACGUGUGUUGCCUGGGGGCCAAGCACAGGCAAGAUGUGUCGCAAGCGCUGGGGCGGCAGCCAGUUGUCACUCAGGCGGCCGACAUCUCGCCCGUUCGGCGAGAGAGGCUGUGCUGGUGCGACUGGGGCCCGUUGACUCAGUGGCAGGGCGUCGUUGACGAGUUGCAGGAGGUUGAGAAGGAGGUGGUCCCAGGCGGUGCUGACGACUUCAAGCGGUGGCUUCGCGAAGGUCGUCGCUGGUGUGGUACAGGCUGCGAGAAGCAGAGGCUGCCGACCUUCGCCCGCUGCGCCCCGAGGGCGUGCGCUGGGUCCAGGCCCAAGGGUCUGCAUCAGUGCUCGCAGGGGGAGUUGGCGCGGUGGCGCACUCAUGUGUGCCGCGCUGCCCCGUGCCAGCUCCGAGCUGCUCAUUGUUUGCGCUGGAGUGGCGGUGGCCUGGAGCCUGCAGAUCCUGUCGCGCAGGAGAUGCUGAUGGACUUCCCCCAUGGUCGCACAGUGGCGGCCAUGGCAGCCCAGUUCCGCAAGACCCGCGAGCUGGAGAGGUACCUUGGCGACGUCCCGAACGUUGUGCUGCUGUGGCAGCAGGUUAGCAGCUUCGCCACAUCCGAGGGCGUUGUGAGGAUGGCGGCCGACUAUGACGAGGAUGCGCUGGUUCUCCACCAGGUUCGUUGUGGCCGCGAGGCCCAGCAGGACAUGCGCGUGCAGAUGGUCGAGGAGUUGGCCAGGCGUGCUGAAGUUCGAGGUCCAGGCGUUCGACUGCAUUCGCUGGAGUUGAUGCGCUUCGGCUUGUGGCCUCGGAGACUCAUCAGCUGGGCAGAGGAGACAGCUCUGGUCUGGCGCUGGAGAUGGAAGGGCCGCGUCACAGCACUGGGGUUCCUGACACGCCGGCUGCUCUACGUUGGGGGCUUC